AUCCUCGUAUUUUAAAGGGAAGAUCUCCAAUUUCUGGGCUCAGUCUUGCUCCCAGAGUCUCAGCGACAUUCCUUAUCGUGUGGCUGAGAAGCAGCGGAAAAUGAACUGGAGACACAUCUUGUUUCUCUCCUGCUUCACGGCUUUUUUGCUUCUGACUGUUGUAGAUGGCAGGCGUAACAUCGUGAAGGCAACAACGGGAGGUUCCAGCGAAGAAAAUCUGAAGAAAACGCUCUUUGUGCAGAAAUUGGAUGCUUCAAAGUUUUUAAAGAAGCAAGGGAAAAGAUUGGCACGCUUCAGUGAGGAACGUGACGAACAUGACGACGGAACUCGUGAAAGGGACGAGUAUGAAUACUACGAUUAUGAUUAGCACGUGGGAGAAUUGCCGGCAGAGAGGAACAGAAAUCUAUUGAAUCGGCAAACUAUCUGCAAGGCUAGAAUUAUUUGCUGUUCUCUAAUGCAUCUACGUUAAUGAUCCUUCUCAUAUUAUCACUGUCUUUCUUAUAAUUGCCUCUUGCUUUCUAGCGCAAAUAUGUAGACAACCCUAUCAAGUCUUACUUCCUGGCAGGACCAACUCUUUAAGAGAGGAGUGUGUGUGUUUGUGUGUAUGUGUGCAUGUGUGUGUAUAUCUGUUUAUCUAUCAACAUGCAUAUUAGGGCUGGGCAAUACCAGAGAUGCCAAAAACUGCUUCCACUGGAAGCAUCACAAACACACCAUUUAUCUACAGCUUUUGAAAGCAGCUGCAUCUUUGCCCAGCAUGUGGAACCGCCCUCUAAUUUUACUGGAUAAAGAAGUAGCUCUUUAAAGAGUUACGAAGGGCAGCUGUUCCCAUGUGGUUCAAAGUACCUUUUCCAAAUUAGGUCUAAAGUUCUGCAGAUCGCUAAUAUGCAUGUUUCCAUUUACAGAAAAUUCGUAAGCGUUAUGCUAAAACAAUCAGUAGUAUUUCUGUAGGGAUGCUGGAAAACAAUCAUUUUUCAGAUCUAUCUCAAAUGAUCUUAGGAUAUAGGUGAAAGAUAUUGUUCAGCCUAUAACAAUUUAUCUGUUUAUUAAAUGUAUUUUAGCUUCUGGCA